UAUUUAUUUUUUUAAUCCUGGGGAAGAUGCAGAUUUUUGUGUAGCACGGUGCAGACAUCCAUCCUAACAGUCAGGGCUUCUGCUCCAAGGAGCAGACGACGCCUGUGGCUCUGAUCUUGUCGUCCUGUCUGCACCGGUGCUGGUCUCGCUGCUGGACGCAGCCCUCGCUGGGACUGUCUGGUCCGAGCGACGAGAGGCAAACAUGGCCCAAGCACCUGCUGAUCCAAGUGCUGUGGAAACUGCCGACCCAGAGGAGAGUUCUCCAAAUAUGAUAGUCUACAGAAAGAUUGAAGACAUCAUUACAAGAAUGCAGGAUGACAAAACAGGUGGAGUUCCCAUCCGCACUGUCAAGAGCUUUCUGUCCAAAAUCCCCAGCGUCGUCACCGGUGCUGAUAUUGUGCAGUGGCUUAUGAAGAACCUCAGCAUUGAGGAUCCAGGGGAAGCAAUACACUUGGGAAGUCUUAUCGCUGCACAGGGAUAUGUCUUUCCGAUCUCAGACCAUGUCCUUACCCUGAAAGAUGAUGGGACAUUCUAUCGUUUCCAGGCACCGUACUUUUGGCCUUCAAACUGCUGGGAGCCAGAAAACACAGAUUAUGCCAUCUAUCUUUGCAAACGGACGAUGCAGAACAAAGCUAGGCUGGAGCUGGCGGAUUAUGAAGCCGAAAACUUAGCAAGACUUCAGAGAGCAUUUGCAAGAAAGUGGGAAUUCAUCUUCAUGCAAGCUGAGGCCCAAGUGAAAAUUGACAGGAAAAAGGAUAAAACAGAAAGAAAGAUUUUGGACAGCCAGGAAAGAGCAUUCUGGGAUGUGCACAGGCCUGUGCCAGGCUGUGUGAACACCACAGAAAUGGACAUUAGAAAGUGUCGUCGUAUGAAAAACCCACAGAAGGUGAAGAAGUCAGUGUAUGGGGUGACAGAGGAGUCUCAGCCCCAAAGCCCUGUACACAUGCCCUCCCAACCUGUACGCAAAACUACAAAAGAAGAUUUCCGGAAACAAAUAACUUUUCUGAACGUGCAGAUAGAGAGACAUUGUUUAAAGAUGUCCAAAGUAGCAGAAAGUUUAAUAGCAUACACAGAGCAGUAUGUGGAAUAUGACCCCUUUAUAACUCCUGCUGAGCCUUCCAAUCCCUGGAUAAAUGAUGAUACAGCAUUGUGGGACAUUGAAAUGAGCAAAGAACCAAGUCAGCAGCGUGUGAAAAGAUGGGGUUUCUCCAUGGAUGAGGUGCUGAAGGACCCAGUAGGACGAGACCAGUUCCUUCGUUUCCUGGAAUCAGAAUUCAGCUCGGAAAACCUCAGGUUUUGGUUGGCUGUCCAAGAUCUCAAGAAACAACCUCUGCAGGAUGUACCCACCAGAGUGGAGGAAAUCUGGCAAGAGUUUCUAGCUCCUGGCGCCCAAAGUGCCAUCAACCUGGAUUCCCACAGCUAUGAGAAAACAAGCCAAAAUGUCAAAGACCCAGGGAGAUACACGUAUGAAGAUGCACAGGAGCACAUUUACAAGCUGAUGAAGAGUGACAGCUACGCGCGCUUCCUCCGUUCGAAUGCUUACCAGGACUUAUUGCUGGCAAAGAAGAAGCCAGAGAAUGAGCAAGGUCGUAGAACUUCUCUAGAAAAGUUCACUCGCAGUGUGAAGGGAGGCCUGUGCUGCCGUACCAGAACCUCCCCACGUGCUUCUUUUCCCCCACUCCCGCCGCUGCAGCCACAAAGCUCCCUGUGGGAUAAAUCCUGCCUGGGUGUUCAGGGAAAGUCUCUGGCGAGCAAGCGCCUCACGGGCCUGAUGCAGUCCUCCUGACGGCGUCAGGCGGCCGCCCCGCAGGAGACACAGCCGGGACCGCCGCCGGGGACGGGGCGUUUCGGGGAGAGCGGGUCCCCGCGGGGGGACAGAGCCUGAGCCAGCGCCGGGGGAGCCCUUCUCCUCGCAGUUUACAUCGACACUUUCCUACCUGCACAGCUUUGUAAGGACGCCGAGCUCCGUGCAGGUACUUUGUUCCCAAACAGGGUUUGGAGGAGGACCCGUCACCGUACGCAGGAGGUCAGCAAGGCAAGGGCUUGCUGUCUUGUUAAGGAAACAGACCCAACCGCAGCUUAGAGAAAGAAGAGCUGAGAGAUCGGUAUUUUUCCUUCAUCUCUUCUCUCCCUGGCACAAACAUGGCUGUAAUAGACACCACUGCAAUCCCAGUUUCUCCCUUUCUUGUGGUCGUCUGGAUCCAAUAAAACAUCUGCUGGAAGCUGCUUCUUCUUCUCACAAAAAUCUCAAAUGCAUUUCUCCUGCAGAUUCAUUGACUUUAGCUUUGUUUUUCUUUCCCGUGUCUCUCCCUUAAAGCAAUGAAAAAA